AUGAAUGAACACAUUCGACGAUUGGUCUUCCCCCCUGUCUGUCUGGUUUUAGAGGAUGGUGAUUGGGUGGAGAGUGGUGGGGAGGAGGAGCUGGCCCACGUGCCCUACCCGGCUUCUCGGUACCACGUAGAGGUCAUGGUUCAGAGGUCACAGGACUUCUUCAACCUGAUGAACCAGAGGAGGUCUGUCCGCUUCAUCAGCCGAGCCGUUCCACGACAGGUCAUCGACAACGUCAUCCGCACUGCAGGCACAGCCCCCAGUGGAGCCCACACAGAACCCUGGACGUUUGUGGUAGUGUCAGACCCAGAGGUGAAGCACCAGAUCAGGCUAGUGGUGGAGGAGGAGGAGGAAGUCAACUACCGUCAGAGGAUGGGGGACAAGUGGGUCAGUGACCUGCAGAGGCUCAGGACUAACUGGGUGAAGCAGUAUCUUGAUGUGGCUCCCUACCUCGUGUUGAUAUUUAAACAGACGUACGGCAUCGUAGCUGGAGGACAGAAGAGGACUCAUUACUACAAUGAGAUCAGUGUGUCCAUCUCCUGUGGCCUGCUAUUGGCCGCGCUGCAGAAUGCAGGUCUGGUGACGACGACGACGACGCCCCUCAACUGCGGCCCCCAGCUCAGGCUGCUCCUCGGUCGGCCAGCCAAUGAGAAGCUGCUGAUGCUACUUCCUGUUGGUUACCCCGCCCCCGACGCCACCGUGCCCGACCUCACCCGCAAGCCACUCGACGACAUCAUGGUACACCUGUGACAUCAUCAUAAAGGGCCCGGCCGAGUGACAUCAUAGAUGUAGGGGUGCCUUCUGUCCUCGUCUCCUCCCAGUUAUCUGCAAUGAUUUGUAAAGCAGCAACAGUCAUCAAAAUGUUUACUAUUCUAAUAAAUGCAACAGUUGGACAAUAAAUGAAGAUACUCCAAACUUUUAGAUUUUUUUUAUAAUCCAUCAGAUAUCGAGUGAAUUAUAGCAUAAAACAUUUUACUGGCACGGACAAAUAAUGUUCAGGAUUUUGGUGGAAAUUCAGGUAUUCAAUUUAUUGUUAAAUUUCACUUCGUUUUUUUCUUAGAAUGAACUAAUAUUCUAACGGUAUCAGGUAUUUUUUGUAACUUUUUUGUGUUAAAAUGGAAGAAAAUGGUAAAGAAAGAAAAUGGUAUUACCUCAUUUGCAUAAACACAUGCUGUGUGUUUGCAUAUAUUAAUAAAUUAACAAAGGGGUGGAACAAG